CGACUCGCGACGGCGGCCAGUUAACAGAACACGUCCACCCUUGACCACAUUCGCCUCAUGUCCCGGUUACUUCACGCGUUCAAUGCCUCGCUCAUCAAGAGGCCCAUGGUCACCCAGUGCGCAACCUCCUUCGUCCUCUUCGCCACCGGCGACAUCCUCGCCCAGCAGGCCUUUGAGAAAAAGGGCUCCAACCACGACUUCGCCCGAUCUGCGCGCGUCGCAUUCUACGGCGGCGCCAUCUUCGGCCCCAUCCUCACAAAGUGGCUCCAGCUCCUCAACCGCCUCCAGUUCACGUCCCCCACAAAGGCCGUCGCCUACAAGGUCUACCUCGACCAGUUCGUCUUCACCCCCGGCGUCGUCGCCAUGUUCUUCGGCAGCAUGACCCUCCUCGAGGGCAAGACCGUCAACGACGCCAAGGUCCGCAUCUCCGAGGCUUACGUGCCCACACUCAUCCGUAAUUGGGGCGUCUUCAUCCCCACCCAGAUCGUCAACUUUGCCCUCGUGCCCACCCACCUCCGCUUCGUCACCAUCGGCGUCGUCUCCCUCUUCUGGAAUGCGUACCUGAGCUCGGUGAACGCCAAGAAGCAGGCGCAGAUCUCCCCCGCCUACACUCCCGAGCACGAGAAGAAGAUCGCAGAGGUUGCGUAGAUCCUCGUCCGAGAAUAGCACUCGCGAAGACGGCUCACGCGAUGCGGGGUGCGGCGCAGGGAGCGAGGUAAAAUUUGGCUUAUAGCCUUGUAUCCAGCGGGCGAUCCGCGCUCUGCCCUGACCGGCGUACAAACUUCUGCUAGAUCUAGACUCUGCUUCUUGUGCAGACAUACCAUGUAAGAUACCAUUGCGUCGUGCCCAGAUAGACUUAUAAAUAGCAGCAUAAUAUGGC